AUGUACUGUGAUCUUAAUAUACCAUGCUCAGCACAACGUGAUCGCUCAGCCAUUGACAAGCUAAAACUGAUUCUGUCGCGUCUAACACAAUUGAAUGAAGCUACAGUUGCAUUAAACUAUACAAUGGAAUCCAAAAUCCCAAAACCAAUAGAUGAAAGUAUAUUCGAUCCCUCUAUACUAAACUCGAAAUAUCCAUUGAAACUCUAUAAAAGGGUUACCAUUGAUGCUAUCAAUCCACAACACAUCGCUGAAUUAAGAAAGCAAUUUGAUUUGAUUGCUCUCAAGACAAAUGACUACACAGUAUUCCAUGCAGCUUGUCAAUCCAAUCUAAUCGAUAUUAUAUCUCUCUACGCGGAUGAACGUCUUACAUUUGAAUUGAGCUCUGUUGACAUUAAGAACGCAUUGGAACGAAAUAUUUACUUUGAGAUAUGUUAUGCUCCUGCUAUUCGAGAUGCUCAAGCUAGAACAUACACAGUGCAAUUGGCAAAGCAAUUGUUUGAAUAUACACAAGGCCGAAAUGUAAUCAUCUCGAGCGAGGCACACAUUGUAUCCGAGAUCCGCAAUCCUGCGGAUGUCUUUUAUUUUGCCAAAUCAAUUGGAUUUCCAAAUGAUAAAGCCAAGUUCACAGUCGAGAAGCAUUGCGAGCAACUAUUGAAUAGUAGAUUAAAUGUGAAAUAA